UUUAUUGAUCCCUGUGGGAAAAUUCCUCUCUGCAUUUAACCAAUUCACUCUGUGAAGCAGUGGGUGCCAUUGGGCGCCUGGGGAGCAGUGUGUGGACACAGUACCUUGCUCAGGGGUGCCUCAGGGAAGAAAAGUAAAAUAAAAAGAAAACUUAAGGUUUCUGUUCCCUGUCAACACCUUUCAGUGUAGGUGAAGCCUCUGCAAUAUCUCACAGAUGGAUUCUCUCAAAUUCCUCCUGAUUUCAUCCCUAAUUUCUGCAUCUACAUCUCUGCAGCAGGAUGUGCAGGCGAAGCUUGGAGCUGACGUCACUCUCCAGUGUCAGAUUACCACAAAUGAAAUAAUCUCAGUGCUGAAGUGGAGCAGACCUGACCUGAACACAGACGGCUACGUCUACUUCUACAGGAACAAACGCUCCUAUGAAAACUACCAACAUCCAUCUUUUCAUGGCCGAGUGAAGCUGAGGGACCCGGAGAUGAAAGAUGGAGACGUUUCUGUGAUCCUGAAGAACGUCACGUUUAAUGAUGUUGGGAUGUAUGAGUGUUACGUAUCAUUGAGGAACCCUGUGAGAAGUAAAAGAGCUCACACUGAGAUCAGUCACUUCAUUGACCUCACAGUCACAGAUGAAACAGAUGAAAAGAUGUUGCAGCAGCGACUCGUGGAAAGUGAAGCUGGAAACAUGCAGGAUGUUGGAGACGUAGUAACUGUUAAAAUGGUUGUUUGGUUUGUUGCGCUUGCUGUUACUGUUGUUGUUUUGGUUUUCUGACAUUAUUCAUAUUGAACAGAAAUAAGAUGCAGCUUCCCGUCUGGAGUAAUACAGAGGCAGUCGAAUUAACAUGAAAUAUGAUUUUAUAGAAAGAAAAUUUAUAGAUUUGAUGAACUAACACUGAUAGCAGCUUUGCUAGGCAGCUAUGCAACAUGGACCUUUGGUUUAAAAGUAAAAAUAGUAAAUAACAAACUGUUCUGUGGUUAUCAAAAACAUAACAGCUCUGCAAUCUCCUCAAAUAAACAGCAAAUUCAGCCUGGAGCUUCUCACUGUGUUGCUAACUGCUGCCAGACCCUGGAAUAUGGGAAUAAUAACUAAACAUGGAGCUCACACUAGAACAGAAAUAACAUUUGCAUGUAGAUAACAAGAAAGGUCUUAUAUGAAAAAAAAAAAAUACUUCUGUAAAUACUUGCCCAUGACUGGGGGUGAGGUUGUCGAGGCAGGCUGGCAUCAGAAUUGGGAUUCUAAAGUUCUGGAACUGAACAGAAAAUAAAAGUAAUAAAAUAAAUAAAAGAAUAUGGGGAAAAAAAUCACAAAAAAUGCUUGUGAUUGGUGCUAAAAAAGGAUUCAGAUUCUGCUGCUUUGAACUCUUUUGAUCUUUUUUUGUAAGCACUGUAUACUGGUUUGUUCUGGUUUCUUUCGGUCUGUUGUGUAGUACUGCUCACCUGUACCUCUGCCCUAAUUACCAGUAUGAUGUUCCGAAAUGUCUUAGCCGUCAAAUAAUUAAUUAAUAAUUAUUUUUAUAAAUAAAAAAGGAUAAAA